AUGACAAAAAGCCAUGAGCUGAACCCGGCGGACAACGUGCAGCCAAAGACCAAGGCUCACCCCCAGAACCAAGAACAACAACUAGAGGCUUCUGGUCUAUCAGUCAUCGGCGAGCAGGCAAACCCAGACGAGUUGUAUGGAAGACUAGACCUUGUCUUGGGCCUGCAUAACCUGUCUCCGCCUUGGACUCCUGUUGGUUCGUCGGUAUCUUCACAUCAGGAUUCUCUGCCCAUGACGCAGCAGGCUCCGAUAAUGUUCGAAAAGACACCGCGUUCAAAUACGGCAAUAGAAGUCUUUGAUACUUCCUUGCACAAUCCAUUCUCUUCUCGAGACCGUAGCGAAAAGGAAACAGUGAGCCAAGAGGUCGAUUGGCUUGAUGGAUGCAGACAAUUGUUUGAUGAACAUGGCGUUGCGACGCAGAGUCUGGGAAAAGCUCUGCAAAGACUCGCAAAGUAUAUUAUUGAUGAAUACGCACCCAAGAAAAGUUUGGUCAUCACGCCAGACAAGAUUGCAGCUUUCUAUACUGCCUACCGGCAAGACUCCGACGUGGUGCCGUUCGUAGUCGAUGUCAACGACUGUCUAGAAGACUUUUACGAUCGCUUGCGCAUUGAGCACCUCCUGAUACAAAAGAACAUCUGCAGUCGUCCCAGAAUUCCGGCACUGAGUGUUGAUGGCUUUGCUCGGUACCUGGCCAUUUGCGUGCUUGCGUACCCAAAUGAGGAGAUUCGUCGACUGGAUAGGGCAUUCGUGGAUCUACCUUUGGCGCUGGACGCGGUCGAGCUCAAUGAAAGGGCACGCGGCAUGCUCAAGACUAUCCCCGAGGCAUAUCUGCCAAUCAAGCAUGACCGGGUGCUGAGGAGGCGUUUGGAUGAUGCCUUUCUCAUGCUGAUGACUGACUUGAAGAUGACCAAAAGCAUAUGCAGAGACCGCCAGUAUAUGUCGCCCAAUGUUAGCCACCGUGGUAGGGAAGCCGGCGACUAUUUCUCUAUACCAAAAUCUAAUCCCUUGUCACCCAAAUCGUACUGGGCUACAAGGGAUGAUCGCGUGAGACUGUAUAGUCCACGUGAGUCGCAGGCAAAAUACAUCCCAGGGACACUGCAGACAAUCGAUGACGACGUCGGACAAGACCGUGGCUUCACCAGAUGGAACCGGCCUCAAUUCCGUUGGGAGUCCAGUAGUUCCUCGCGAUCUGGUGCUUCCGAUACGUCCAUGGGGGGAAGGCUAAAUGUGACCUCUCCAGCGGCAAGAGAUCCUCCAUUGUCACCGCGGAAUGCGCGGUCAUUGGAUCAAUACGGCACGGCCGUGGAAAAGGUUGCCUUUGGCCGAAAUGAAAGUCCACAGCUCCGUCUCGACACCGCGUCCGUCCUCAACAUUUAUCGUCGAGGGCCACCUAGUUCUGCGCCCUCGAGUUAUGUCUGCACGCCGUCGGGGUACUCGUCCAAACCACCGAUAGACGGCCGCCGUGUCUCUACAGAUUCAUUGAAUCACAAGGUGCAAGAAAGGCGGCAUGAUGAAUUGGCAAUCAAUGGUCCGCUAUCACCUCUGACUGGUGUCAGCCCUCGCCAGACGAGUGCUCGCCCAUACCAUGAGCGCCAGCGGAGCUCGGAGAUCAAACGCGACUCUGCCCGUGGAUACCUGGGCGACAAGCACGAAAGCUACAUUGAACGGAGCAGUAGUGGUCGAGGCUUUGGUGGAAAACAUAAUGACUCUCAAUGGGCCGAACGUGAACGUAAGCGCGACACCGAGCCCGAGAGACAGUCUUCACAUCGCCGCUCUCAGCCCCUCCAACGCCCGAAUGUCGUGAGGACCGAGUCCAAUCGGGACGACCGCGGGAGGUCAUCUCGAGAUGAAGACGCACACAAGAGAGACCACAAGAAGAGCGAGAAGACGGCAACGGCGAGACGUCAUUAG